AUGUUGGCCUCGUCCCCGCCCCCGCUGCCAACUGGCGAGAUCAGCCCCCCUUCGCCCCCGGCGCCAACUGGCGAGUGGUCCCCCGCCCUCGCCGCCGCGGCCGCACCCCGGGCUCGAGCCCGCCGACACCCAUACCUCUUUGCGCGCGUCGCCGCGCCCCGAUUCCCCCAUCGCCGUCCAUCCCCGAAAUCCCCCUCCAUCGCCACCUCCCAACACCCCCCCGGCCGCCAACUGGCGACCUCGCUCCCCCCGCCCCUCAGGGCUUCCCCGGGCCCCAUCCCAGGGCCCGAGUCGCGAUCCUGGGCUCCAAUGCCCUGGGUGAGACCGCCGAGGGCUACACCGUGGGUCAGAUUCCACCCACCAACUGGUCAACCGCAGCCUGUCAACUGGCGAGCCCCGCCCACCAACUGGUCAACCGCAGCCUACCAACUGGUCAAUUUCAGCCCACCAACUGGUCAGUUGGUCUCUAUGCGUUUUGUCGUCCGCGCCUUGUCCACGCCUGUCCGGUCAAUGUCCCGUCCUCCCGCUCCUUUUCACCAAGUCAGUCCAGCCAACUGGCUAGCUGGCCCAGUCAUCGUAUAA